GUUAAAUUCAGUUUCAUUACAGCGUUUCACGAAUUAAGUUGAAGUCGGAGUUUAAGUGAAGGCAGUGUUUAAUACAAAUUUUUUAAGUGUGUGAAAAGACUGAAAAUAAAUAAACACCGAAAAAACAAUAAAAUGAUGGAUUUGUUCUGUUGCUUUCUGCUGGGGUUAGCAGUAUUUACCACUACUUCAAUUGCACAAGAAAAUUGUUUAUCGGACAAUAGUAUCACUCCUCCAACGAGAGUUGGACUUGUCUCGCAAUUAUAUAAAGGUCAACAGGCCUUUACAGUGUCCAUGUUAAAUGCGAUAACAAAAGCCACGCCAAAUGAAAAUAUCUUCUUCUCACCGUACAGCACAUAUCAUGCCUUAUUGCUUGCAUAUUUUGGUUCUCGUACGCAUUCCGAACAAGAAUUGAUUAAAGCGCUGAACUUAGAUUGGGCUAAAGACAAAAAUCAAGUGAAGAGUGCGUAUGUAAUCGAAAAAAGUAAUAGGUUUAAUCGCGCUAAAAAUUCGCCAAUACAAUUCGCUUCAGCCGAUAAAAUUUUCUUCGAUAACAGAAUAACACUUAAUAAAUGUAUGCUUGAUCAUUUCGUCGAUGAGUUGGAAUCGAUGGAUUUCAAAGGAAACUCAGAACAGUGUCGCGUUGAAAUUAAUAGUUGGAUUGCCAAUGUAACACAAAACGAAAUCCCUGAAAUGCUCGCAGCUGGUGAUGUAACAUCCGAAACAGAAUUGGUAUUAGCGAAUGCCGCCUAUUUCAAAGGGCAGUGGGAAAGUCAAUUCGAUCCAAAGGCUACAACACGUGAUGUUUUCUUUACAACACCAAAAAUUCAGUCCCUUGUGCCAAUGAUGCAUAAGCGUGGUACUUACAAUUUGGCAAAUGAUGAAAAUUUACAAGCAUAUGUUCUGGAUAUGCCUUACAAAACUUCAAAUAACGAUGAGAAAAAUUCUGAUAUAUCAAUGAUUAUCAUUCUGCCGUCAUUUGAGGAAAACAGUUUGGAACACGUUUUGGAGAAACUUACACCUGAGUAUUUAGAAAUAGUGCUUAAAGAUGGUUUGGCCCGUGAAAUUGAUGUUUCAUUACCAAAAUUCGAGUUCGAACAAAAAUUAGAACUUGUGCCGAUAUUACGCAAAAUGGGAAUUAAUUCGAUUUUUGAUCGUAAUGCUGACUUGAGUGGAUUUGCUCCAGAAACCAUUAACUUUGGAGAUGCUAAACAUUUUGCUAAAAUUAAAGUUGAUGAAGAAGGCAGUACUGCUGCCGCAGCCACUGUACUUUUCAGUUUCAGAUCGGCGCGUCCUUUAGAACCCACCAAAUUCGAUUGCAAUCAUCCCUUCUUGUUCCUAAUUUAUGAUCAUAAAUCAAAAGCUGUGCUCUUCACAGGUAUUUAUCGUGAUCCAAAGACACGAAAAUAAUUAAAAUUAUUUAAUUACCUAACUAUUAAAAUAAUUUUAUUUAUACAAGUCAGAUUUAUGUAAAUUAUUAUCGCGUUAAUUUGUAUUUUCAAGUUUGUGUUGUAAGUUAAAUUAAACUGUUUCUUUUUUAUAAUAAAAAAUGACAAACAAAAUUGUAGG